UACUUUGCUUUUGGGAAUUUCCUUUGUAUUUCUUCGAAAUUGGGAAUCAUGUUCGACAUGUUGAGGUGAGGAGGAAGAGGAAGAGGAAAAGGAGAUGGAUCACAUGGGAAAGAUCCUGGGCCACUUUUUAGCAUUUCAACAAAUUAUGUGGUCUUUAACUUUAAAUAACUAAAUUAAAUUAAAUAGCAGACACGCUGCUCCACUCACCAUUCGUCGUCCCUGCAAGUCCAUCUAAUUUUCCAAAUUUCGAUCGACACACAUCAACCGGAAUUUCUAAUACGUCAGUUUAAUACUUCGUUUCGCCCUAGUUUUUACUCAAUUCCAGUCGCUUGUGUAGUAGCUUCCAGGGCUGAAUCACGCGGCAUCCGAUCAUUCAUCUUAAAUUGUCGUUAAUCUAGGAUGGCCUUGGUAACCACAGCUGAAGUUUGUGAUGCAAAUCCACAGCUCAUUGUGAGUGGUGAGCUCCGGGCUCUCCAACCAGUUUUCCAGAUAUAUGGUAGACGACAAGUCUUCUCUGGACCAGUAGUUACGCUAAAAGUGUUUGAAGAUAAUGUUUUGAUACGUGAAUUUCUUGAGGAGAAGGGUAAUGGAAGAGUUCUUGUUGUAGAUGGGGGUGGUAGUUUGAGAUGUGCAAUAUUGGGUGGCAACCCUGUAGUACAAGCUCAGAACAACGGAUGGGCUGGUAUAGUAGUGAAUGGCUGUGUGAGGGAUGUAGAUGAAAUCAACGGUUGUGACAUUGGGGUAAGAGCUCUGGCCUCACAUCCAGUGAAAGCUAAUAAGAAAGGGAUUGGAGAAAAGCACGUCCCUAUAACUAUCGCUGGAACUAGAAUAUCUGACGGAGAAUGGCUUUAUGCAGAUACUGAUGGUAUUUUGGUGUCUAAAACAGAGUUGUCUGUUUGAAGAGAGAUGUGCAUCUGCUUGAUUGGCUGGAAAACAAAAUUGUUACUGAGGUGCAGUUAUAUGCUCUUUCAUCAGGAUUAGACUGGUACUAUUCAUUUGCUGCCAUUUCUGUAUUCUACUAUAUUGAAUUCACUUGGAUUUUAUGAGAAGAGUCUGUACAAUUUUUGUAGUGAAAAUUAAUGGCAAGAGAUGUUAUUAAAUA